UGCCUUUUCCUCCUUACCUCGUCCUGAUACUUCACUCACCGCUGAAGAAGACCAGAACACAAAGGAGAAGCCAUGAGGAACACACUGCUGAGGUUGCUGGCUGCACUCAUGUGCACACUGACUGUCUGCGCCGAUGUGACACCAGUUCAAGACUUUGACCUUACAAAGAUGGCAGGCAAGUGGUACAUUGUUGGCUUCGCCACUAACGCCCAGUGGUUUGUGAACCACAAGGCAGGGAUGAAGAUGGGCACCUCUGUAAUAGUGCCAACUGAUGGGGGAGACCUGGAUCUCUCUUAUGCAAAUUUGAAUGCUGAUGGUACCUGCUGGAGAAUGACUCACCUUGCUAAGAAAACCGACACCCCUGGACGCUUCAGCUUCCACAGCAGAAUUUGGAACAAUGAAAACGACAUGCGCAUUGUUGAAGUUGUGUACGAUGACUACGCUCUGGUCCACACUAUCAAGACAAAGGAGGGAGUGUCUGAGGUCCUCAACAAGCUUUACAGUCGCACUCCUGAGUCCAGUGUCACCCUGCAGCAGAAGUUCACACAGUUCUCUCUGGAGACUGGCGUCCUCCCUGACAACAUUGUCAUCUUGCCUAAGAAUGCUGAGUGUCCCGAGGUGUGAAGUCUCCUGCCGUCCGCCACCUCUUGCUCUCUGAAGUCCCAGGCUUUCAUCUCAGAAGUCUUUAUUUCUUCACCCCAGUAUCACAAAGCUUCACCUGAGACAAUAAAACCUAAGCAUUUCACUCCGACCCCUGCUGCGUACCAAAGACCAAUCCUGAUCCUAGUUCAGAGCUCAUUUUCUCCAACUCACGCAUUAACUGUGGCAUCAGAGUGGAACAACAAAGAGCUGAUAGUGAGACAACAGGAAGGAAUAUAAGAGACUGUGAACACUGUCAGUUUACUUUUUGUAUGUGUGUCUUUUGUAACUGCUGAGUGUUUUAACUUUUGUUGAAAUAAACAAAUAAAAAUAAUAAAAAUG